AUGCAAAGAGCAUCACGACUGAAGAGGGAGCUCUCCCUCUUGACCACGGAGCCACCUCCAGGCAUCACCUGCUGGCAAAAUGAAAACCAGCUGGAUGACCUACGAGCACAAAUUUUAGGAGGUGCAGACACACCAUAUGAGAAAGGAAUAUUCAACCUGGAAAUAGUUGUUCCUGAAAGGUACCCGUUUGAGCCCCCAAAGAUUCGCUUUCUGACCCCUAUCUAUCAUCCUAACAUUGACUCUGCUGGAAGGAUUUGCCUGGAUGUUCUUAAAUUACCACCAAAGGGUGCGUGGAGACCUUCCUUGAACAUCUCCACGCUGCUGACCUCCAUACAGCUGCUGAUGGCAGAGCCCAACCCUGACGACCCUCUCAUGGCAGACAUAUCCUCAGAGUACAAGUACAACAAGCAGCUGUUCUUGCUAAAUGCCAAAGAGUGGACUGAGAAAUAUGCAAGCCAGCAGAAGAGGGCUUCCAAGCCUUUGGAAGAGAAAAUAAACCAAAGCGAAACAAGUAUUGCCAAUGAAUCUACCGUGCAGAAAAGAAAAGGGAGUAAUAUCAGCAAGAAGGAGAAGAAAUCGCGCCUGGAUUCCUAG